UAAAUUAAUUAUUUUUAAUAAUAAAAAAAAACUUAUAAUUUAACAAACUAUGUCUCAAUUGGAGAAAAGAGAUUUUCAAACGACUACUAUUAGCUCAAAUACUGAAUACAUACCUGUGCCCAAUGAUUUGAUUAAACCAUUGGUAAUCAAUGAGCGUCAGCUCAUGACUCCGGGCCCAACAAACAUCAGCCAAAGAGUCAGAGCUGCCGGUGCACUGCCAGUUGUCAAUCAUAUGGAUCCGCAGUUUUUUCAGGUACUGCGCGAAGUGUCGGCCGGUAUUCGGUAUGUAUUUCAGACACAAAAUCAAUACUCGUUGGCCAUCACUGGUUCGGCUACCUGUGCCAUGGAAACAGCUAUUUGUAAUCUACUGGAACCGGACGAUAAGUUUUUGGUUGCAGUUCAUGGUAUUUGGGGUGAAAGAGUGGCACUGAUUGGCCGCAAACACGGCUACCAAGUUAUUCAAUUACCAGUUUCACGGGUCGGGUGUGUACUUGAGUUGAGCCAAAUUGAAGCUGCUAUAGAAAAGCACCGGCCAAAACUGUUAUACGUGUGCCACGGCGACUCCAGCACUGGUACUCUGCAGCCAAUGGACGGUAUUGGACGAGUGUGCCAUCAAUAUGACUGUCUAUUGCUGGUCGACGCAGUUGUAUCGCUAUGUUGUGCACCAAUAUAUAUGGAUCACCAGGAAAUCGAUGCCAUUUAUAGUGGCGGUCAAAAAGCACUGUCCGGUCCGCCGGGAGUUUCCAUACUAUCGCUGAGUCCACGAGCGGUACAUCGGCUCAAAAAUCGUACCCAUGAUGUCGACUCAUAUUAUAUGGACAUUAAUUGGUUGGCCAAAGCCUGGGGCUUAGAUCCGGAUAACAAUCACCAGUAUAUCUAUCACUACACACCGGCCAUAUCGCUUAUGUAUGGUCUUCGAGAGGCUCUGUCACUGGUAGCCGAAGAAGGACUGGCAAAUGUUAUUCAACGACACCGUAAAUGUAGUCAAUUAGUUCAGCAGCGCAUCAGUGCACAGGGACUGGAGUUUUUAGUCACUGAACCCGAUCAUCGACUGCCGGCUAUUAUGUCGGUAAUCGUACCCAAAGAUAUUAACGUAGAAAAAGUGGCCCAAAAUUUGCUCGACUACUAUAACAUUACAAUUGCGGGCGGUUUGGGUCCUACGGCAGGCCGUAUCUGGCGAUUAGGUUUUCUCGGUGUUAACGCUACCGAAGCAUCAGUUGAACUGUUGUGUCGGGCAUUCAAUGAAGCUAUUGCUGAGCAACGGACUAGUGGUGAAAGUUCAAAAUUAUAAGCUACCAGUGCUUAUACAGUACAGUAUAUCAAGCUUAAUGUCUUAACAAAUAUAAUAAUAUUUUUA